CGCGCUGCCCUUUCAAACGCACAUUCGCCACGCGAUCCUGUCCGCCGUUCCUCGCGAGGUAUCCGGCCGAUCUCGCGAUCGGCGAUAUCCUCGCCGCUAUCCUCGGCGCGCGAUCGCGGGCGUAAUCGUCGCGGCGAAUCGACGAAGGGGACGGUCAAAAGUUCGAGGGUGGACGGAUCGAGAUAUAUCGUCGAAGCGUGCGCGCCGGCGAUAUCGCGGCGCGGCGGCGUGUGUCGCUGGAAAUUUUAUCAAUACCUCGGCGGCCAUCUAGUCUCGCUGUGGCAGUCGUUCGCGAAAAGUUACGCGCCGAACGCCGACCGGGGGUUGACGCCGAGCCGACCGAUUAACCGACGACGAGGAUUGCCGGAAUAGAAAGAGCCCGAGGCGAUCGACUACUGCGAGCAUGGCUACGGAGGGCGGUUUAGCACCGGAUGCGGCUGCAGGUGCAGGCGCGGGCACCGAUGGCAUCGUCGGCGGUCCCAGGACGCCCCAGCAGAUCGCCUCGCAGAAGCGGCUGCAGGCGACGCAAGCGCAAGUCGACGAGGUCGUCGACAUCAUGAAGACGAACGUCGAGAAGGUCCUCGAGCGCGAUCAAAAGCUCUCCGAGCUUGACGAUCGAGCAGAUGCACUCCAACAAGGAGCGUCACAAUUUGAACAGCAAGCAGGAAAAUUGAAGAGAAAGUUCUGGCUACAGAAUCUAAAGAUGAUGAUCAUCAUGGGUGUCAUCGGACUCAUCGUACUGGCCAUUAUUGUCGUGAAAUUCAUGCCGGAAACGCCGCCGACUUCGCCCUAUCCGCAGCCAGGUAUGAUUCCGGCCAAUAUGCAACCUGUGGCUAAUAUACCCGUUGCACCCGCACCGGAUGCUGCGGCAAAGCCGCCGGGUAACGGCUCACCGAAGGCUGCCAGCGCCGCGUUCCUCGGCAACCUGGACGCCGGUAUACACAGUGUUGCGUAAACGAUACAUUUGGACGGAGAAAAAUAGGAGUGAUUAAAAGAGCGCUGAGAGAUAGGGAUCGACCUUGACGCAACGUCUUCAUCCACGGAGAUAACUCGUCGACGUAUUUGCUUCGAAGAUCAAUUAAUUCGGAUUGUCAUUGGCACAUGAUGUGAAGGGUUCGGCGGAAAAAGUCGGUAACUUUAUAAUUUAUUCAGAUUUGUUCCUUUGUUUCAGAUUUAUUCAGAAAGUUGUUUGAAAUUGGUCUUAAAAUGCAGGCUUGUAUUUUGUUCUUUUUCCUUCGGAACCCUUCAACCAUCGGCCGCGAUUAUUUUAACGUUGAAUUAUUUUUCCCCCUAUCGAUGAUGAGAUGUUUAAUAAUUUCAAUAUUUUAUUAACAAUUAUAUUGUAUAGCACGUAACUUUCUUCGAAUAUGUACAUGUAGUAUUUAGGUGCAAAUGGUUUUCACAUGUUUUUACUUGAUUAUAUUGUAUUUUAUUGAUUUCGUGAUUUUUAGUCUUUAGGUUAUUUAAAUGAACACGACGUAUCGAUCGGUCUUUUGAAAAGAAAAGAAAUAUUUUAGAUUCUAGAGUCUGGACUAUUAAAAAAUCCGCCGAAAUUUUAUGUUAGAUAAAAAUGGACAGAAGGCCUUUUGAAUCCCAUUCCGAUCAGCUGAUCGCUAUGAAAAACAGGCAACGGGCGAAGUUGACGAGAUCAUUGACGAGAAAAUACACAAAUACGUGUAUCGACGUAUAUACAUGUACAUAUACAUACAUUAUUACGAAUGGUCAAUGUAAAAUUAAAUAUAUAUGUACGCGUAUAAAUAAAUAUAAUAAAUUAUUCGUAUAUUAAAUAUCGAAGUUUAAAAUGUGGAGGUAAUAUAACAGAGAAAAUCAUAGAUAAUAAUUAUGAAAAAAUUGAUACAAGUUUGAAUUCACUAUUCGAAUUCAACCUUGACCGAGAAAAAUGUGAAAAUGUCGAAUGUACGUCAUGUACACUUGAAUGUACGUGAGUGUUCCAUACAUACAAGUGAUUUGUUGCUUGCCUGUGCAUUCACGAAAUAUUGUCUCGGAUAAUAUGAUUUUUAAAAUAUGUAUGGAACGCAGAUUUAUUUCACUCCUUUUUGCGUCAAGUUCGUCAAAUUUUACUAGUCUCCAUUCGCGAUUGAUAUAAUUACGUAAUGCGGUUUUAUGUAUCAAUCGCUUUGAUUACGAAAAUUAUAUUCGAUGCGUUAUCGAAAACGCGAGUGACUCUCUAAACACUCCUUUGCACAGUUUAAUUGCUAUUAAUAUUACUUUAUAUAUUAUAUUCGAGAUAAGUAUUUUAUUUUCUAUAUAAGAAAUAUAACUGUUACUUUCGAAAAGUGUAAGUAUCACCUAAAGACAAUUCAUAUAGAUUUGUAGGAAAAUUUGCUCCUUUAAACUGACAAAAAUAUUAGCUUAUAAAUGUAUUAUAGUAUCGAAUAAGUAAUCGAAUUAUAGAAAGAAAAAAAAUAAUUAUUGACUCCCGCAUAUUUUCAAGCAUUAAUGUGAUGAUCGAUAAUAACUUCGUGCGAUAAUUAAAUUUAAAGUUGAAGUCUCUGAAAAUAUUAACGUGUAAUUCAGCAAUGUUAUUCAAAUGAAAAAGGAGAAGAGAGAGACCUUUUUCUGCAUUAAAUAAUUGGCAUGUAGUUAUUAUUUUUUUAUUACAAUGUUCAUAUGCACAUCAUCGUCGUACUGCUUUUGCCUAAUUGUAAGUAAAAUUUUCGGUCGAUAACGCGCCCUAACAAAAAUAUAAAAAAUAAAUUGGUCAUUAAAAAAAAA